UUUCGUAAUUUUCUUUCUUAAAUUAAUAUACUAAUUAUUACGUUUAUAAAUAUUACCUGAAUAACUUACUAUAAUUAUUCAGCUUUUAUAAUGGAUAUUAAAAAUAAUGUGAACAUGGAGUUACGUCAAAAAACAAAAGUGCUUCAAGAUAACUCAAAUGUCGAAGACAAGAUUGACAAAUUGUUCGAAGAAUUAGAAAAUAAACCUGUUGAAACCACAGGUACAAAAAGCAAGACACCAGCUGCUAGUAAAAAACGCAAACAACCUCCCUCAGUCUUGAAAAAACCUGUGAAAAAACCUUCAUUAGAACCAAUACCAUCCACCAGUUACACUUUUAAAAAAACUAUCAUCAACAAAUUAUCAAAGGGUUCCUCGGCAAAAAAAUUCUACUGCAUAUCCUGUCACAAUUUCACAGAGUACUACACCAUAAACGAACCCAGAACAUGCCCCAUAUGUAAAUACAAGACUCAUCACAAUGGUGAUUCCGAAGAUUCAGAUGAUUCUACUUAUUAUCAGACUUUGAAAGACUUGCUCAAACGUAAACGAGAAAGUGCAAAAAAUAAAGAAAAUAUUUCAAGCAAGGAGAAGGAGGUUUCGGCUGAUGCAAAUGGACAUUGUGCAGAUAAAAAUGGACAUUGUGAUAAUGGUAAAGAAAAUUGUAAUCAGUCCAUUUGCUCGUGAACAAUAAAAUAAGACUGAAGUAAAGAAGAUAC